UUGCAGGAAUCAAAUGGACCUAAGCCAGAAGAACCGUUUCAAGGGGACCAAGAAUCUGACGCAUCCGGGGUCGAUCCGGUUCCCGAAUUCGAAACACUCACAGCUAAAUUUCAUUUUGUCGAUCUGGCCGGUAGUGAACGUCUCAAGCGCACAGGUGCUACCGGUGACAGAGCAAAGGAAGGGAUUUCUAUAAACCGAGGUUUGCUUGCGCUUGGUAAUGUGAUAUCCGCUUUGGGUGAUAAAGCGAAGCGUGGCUGUCAUGUCCCUUAUCGAGACUCAAAACUAACUCGGUUACUUCAAGAUUCCCUCGGAGGCAAUUCGCGGACAAUCAUGAUCGCCUGUAUCAGUCCGUCUGAUUGUGACUUUGUGGAAACAUUGAACACACUGAAGUACGCCAAUCGGGCACGAAAUAUUCGAAAUCGGGUUAUUAUGAAUCAGGACAAGACAAGCAAGCAGUUAGCAACUCUGCGUGCGCAGCUAGCCGCACUUCAAGAGGAACUAGACGAAUACAAGCAAGGGAAGCGGAUCGCCACCGCUGAAGGUGCGGAUGGUGUGACUGACUUCGCCCACGAGCUGGAAUUUUGGCGUGCAGAGAACGAUAAACUGCGUCUCAGAGUCAAGGCGUUGACAGUGACGGUGGAUACGUUGAAGGUUCGGAAUGCCCAAUUACUAGCUGAUCAAGAAGCUAGCUCAUGGGCUUUGUCCAAAGCGCGUUUGUUACAAGCCGCACAGGGUGACGUUCCGAGCGCCACUGAGAAUGGUACAGAUCUGUUGAACAAAGCGAAUAAAGAAUCUUCCCCACUGAACUUGAUUGUGGAAGAGAUGGACAGCUUCCGCGAACUCGUAGAGAAGUACACUGUUGAGAACGAGGAACUCCGAACUAAAUUGGCCGAGGCGGAGGCAUUAGCUGAGUUUGGACAGCGUAACUUCACACGCGCAUCACCGGGGCAUCCAAAUCGUCUAUCUGAUGGACUGUAUACUUCACGCGGUGCUCCACGGGUUGCACUGACCAAUAGUGAGUUUCCUGAUCUGGAUUCCAGUACAAUUGCUGCUGCUGAAGCCGGCUUGUCGGCUAUUGACUUCUACCUGGACGAUGAGACGACUUCUCGCAGCUACAAAUCCCAUCACAAGAAACACCGACGACGUCGUCGUAAGAAGGACGAGCAAGACCAAUCUGCCGGCGAUCUGGAACGGCGUCAACCCUUACAGGAAGUUUCAGACAAUCGAGUUAAUACAAUAGAGAAUUGGGACGAAAAGCCCAUUCACCGCAACCAGAAAAGUGAGAAUCCGGCUGACGAUACACUUACCCACACUGGUCAUCCAUCCAAACAAUCGGGUUCCAAUGACCACACUUUAUCCGAUGCGUCAGAUGUUGAGUCGUCCGAAUCGGAAUCUGGAAGCAACGAGGAAGAUGAUGAUGAUGAAGACGAUGGUUUGAACGAAGUCGAAGAUGUUGAUGAGACAGAACAAGCUCGAAAUGUUCGCGAAACUGAGGCCAAGUUGCACCGGAGUUUGGCCAGUGUCUCUUCGGCCAUCGACUCCAAACAGCGCCUGUUGGCCGAACUUCAAUCUAAAGCAGCUCAACUGGAUCACUUACGAAAACACUACGAACGUCAACUUAAUCAUUUACAAACGCGCAUCAAGGAAACAGAACGUGAACGCGACAGUGUCCUGGCCAAUCUUGGUCAUCUAGAACAUGCUGGUGAAGAGAAACUUCGUCGAACCCGAGAGGAGUUUGCCAAAAAGCUUUCCUCUUUACAGGAUGAAGUGAAAAAUUUGCAAAUGUCCCGUCAAGAACAGGUCCGUUUGGAGCGGGAACAAGCAAAGAAGAACAACGAGUUGCGUCAGUUGCGUGCCGAGUUGGAAGAGCUGCGUCGAUAUAAAGUCGAUUUGACUAAGCGCUUGCAACAAGAGACAAAACGUUCCAGACAAAUCGAGGCAAUGUCUGCUAAACGCCUGUUAGAACUGAAGAAAGCCAAAUCGCAAGCCGAUAGUCAGCUGCGUAGUCUGGCUGCAGCACAUACGGCCAAAGAACGGGCGUUGAAACAAAAACAGGCCGAGUUGGAAGCACUGAAACGCAAAACUUUGGAGCAACAGCGACAACUGUCAAUGUCAGCUAAUCGCAUGACACGCAGCGUUUACGGGACCUCUAUCUCCAGCAAUUCCACUUCAGCUCCUAAAACACCCACUCGAAACAUCAUGUCCACCAGCAUGUACGGUAGUGUGGGAUUCUCGGGUGCACCUUCAGGUCGCACUGUUGAAUCCUCCCGUAUAUUAAAUGCCGCUAAAGCCAAAUGGAAUAUGGUACUGCGUCAGCUGGAGACCGAAGUGCAACGACGUCAAACCUCCGCCCGACUCGAGCACGAUCUUCAGACUUGGAUUCGUGAGCGCGAAAGCCUGGGUCGUCGUCUGCUACGUUUGCAGCGUCGACGCGCUCGAGUAGAAGAAUCAGUCACGGAUGAUACAGAACCGGAGGAUGUGACCCCGAAACUCAAAGAAUUUGACGAACAGAUCCGAAACGUUACAGCACAACUGGAAUCGGUACAGGAGGCGAUCCGCGAAUGUCAGUCCAGCAUUAUAGAACUUGAUAAAUCUGGUCCACGAAUGCCUGGCACAUUACCUAUUCGAGGUCGAGCCAACACUGCUCGUUCCAUGACCAAUCCGACUUUGGCUCUCUUUACUAACUGUACUUUAAGCGAGUCUCGCUUCCUACUCGGCCAGCUCUACGAAAAUGCGGUAACUCGUGCACUACACGUGACUCGACUUCAACAAUCUGAAGCUCAGCUUCGAGCUAGUUUGUCCGUUUGGGAACAGGAACGCGAGCAGGAACUCGAAGUACUCCGUUUGGCCAUGCAGCAUGCUGGUUUGCCCAUCGAAAGUGUUGACAAUGUGCUAUCAGUGACUAAUUUCAAUGAUCGUAGUGCGCGAGCUGUCAGUGGCACUGUUUGUCCUCAACAUGGUCCAGUCAGCCAAUCUGGAUGUGAUUGUUGCUCUGUCACAAACGGUCUUAUAUCUGCUCCGCUCUCUUCUGAUGAUUCCUCGGGCGCAGAUGACUCUCAUGCAGAUGAUCCAUCCACGGAACGGUCACGGGGUCGAUACUAUGGAGGGCACCUUAUGUCUCAUUCAAUGUAUGCAACCUUGGAACCGAUCGCCACUACUCGGUGUAUUCGGCGACAUCUGUCUGAAGCGGACGAUUCUAGUUUGGAUAGGCAGUGUGAACGGACGUUGGAAAACGCUGCCCGUAUAGUUAAGGCUCGUGGUCGAAUGCUACAAGCACAAGAUAUGCUGGGCUUGACUGCAUCUGCUACAAACAACGAUUUGAACGCUUCCGAGCUGAUGCCACCGCCUACGGGAAGCAACUUCCUUCGUCGACCUCGAACCGCCAUCGGAACUGGCAAUGGCAUCAUGGUUCCCCCGACUCCUCGUUCAGCAAACGGCCCAUUGAGUGCCGGUCCAUCGCCUGCACUUCGUCGCCGUCUGGUCCCCGGCCAGCCAGUUACGAAUCUGCCUGCAUUGUGUACCGCUCGACCCGCCCUCCCCGUCGUACAUAGUGUUCCUGGUACGAUGUCGACUUCGUUAACACUACCAGAAACCAACAGCCUCAACAAUGGUUCUAUUCAACCAUUGCAACGUUCUUCAAUCUCGUUCCCACCUCCACUGACCGGUACAACAGCAGCCGCAAGUAUUCUACCAGGUUCUGCACAAUCCUAUCGACUGACUACUACUGCGCCUAGUGCAACAUCAACCACGGUAUCCAUUUCUAUGCCUACAAGCACUACUAACCAGCCCUUAGCUGCCUUCUUUAACAACACAACCUCAAAUGCUUCAGGACCGUCGUCGUCUGCCACCUGUUCAUUGAUGCCAGGCAUUGGAAGCCAGUCUGUGCCCAGCUUUCGUGUACCGAUGGAGUGUACGCAUGUUGCCCGAGGACAUUCUAAUGCUGUGUUGGAUGUGGAUAUCGUGGACACAUUGAUGCUGACCGGCAGCAAAGAUCGAACAGCCAAAGUGUGGGAUUUGGAAACGAUGGAAGAGGUGGACACCUUCCGAGAUCAUCCAAACAAUGUUUCUAAAGUGCGCAUAUGCCCCGUUUCCGGCCUAAUCUUUACUGUGUGCUCAUACUUUAUCAAAGUGUGGGAUCGACGCGAUACACGAAAAUGUAUUCGAACUCUACUAUCUUCUGGGCUUUAUCAAGACGGAGAACUUGAAACCAAAAUUACCCGCCGGCAAAACAUUUGCCCUCCUGGAGAGACCAACAUUAUGGAUAUAGUUCUGGGUGGCUCCCAUCCCUCUUUGUCUCAUACCAUGUUCUUGGCCACGGCAAACUCAGUGAAACUGUGGGAUUUGCGACGCUAUUAUUCAGUGGGCAAGCUGCACGGCAAUCACCAAGCUCCUGUGAUGGUGCUUGCGGCUGACCAGAAUCCAGUCACAGCACAACCGCAGCUAACGGUUGUAACAGGCUCCAAAGAUCAUUACAUCAAAGUGUUCAAUGUGGGUGCGGAUGCCUCAGGCUUACUGACACCGACUUUCGAUUUGGAGCCACCGCAUUACGAUGGAAUUGAGUCACUCGUAUUGCACGGGAACAUCCUGUUCUCUGGAUCCCGAGAUGCGGCGAUCAAGAAGUGGAAUUUGGCUCGUGAUGGUCGCCAAGAGGUCAUGCUUGCCCAAGCUCAUAAAGAUUGGGUUCAGGGACUGGCUAUUACUGGUGAUGGACAAACAUUAAUCAGUGGAUGCCGUGGUGGACAUUUGAAAGUUUGGAAUGUGGAAGAUUGCAUGUGUCUGGGAGAAAUGCCGAAUGCCCACGAUGGGUCGGUGAAUUGCGUUCGUGCCUGUGGUGAUCGUAUCUUCACUGCUGGAAGUGACAAAGAUGUUCGAUUUUGGCGGUUGUUGGAUCAUCUCCAGCGUUAG